AUGACCAAGACGUCGAAGCUGACCAAGAAGUUUCAGAAUAAGCACUUGAAACAUACGAUUGAGCACAGAAGAGAAGUGCAGAAACACAAGAAGAAGCUUGGAGACAGAAAAAAGAAGAAGCCAUCGAGAGAUGAGGCUGGAGAACCAACUGGGCCAGUCCGUGCCAAUGGAAAAGCCAAGGAAGUGUUUGAAGAUAUGUCAGUGGAAGACUUCUUCGAGGGCGGAUUUGAAGUUCCCAAGGAAAAGAAGUCGAAGAAGAAGAGAGUAGAAGAAGAAGAAGAAGACGAUGAAUCUUCUGAGGAAGAGCAGGAUGAAGAAGCCAUGAAAGAGAACAUGAAAACUUUGGCCGAAAACGAUCCUGACUUCUACAAGUAUUUGAAAGAGAAUGAUGGUGCCUUGCUUGAUUUCGAAGGUGUAAACCCGUUAGAUGCAAUUAGUGAUGACGAAGAAGAGGAAGAAGAAGAAGUGGACGAGGAAGAGGAGGAUAACUCAAAGAAGUCAAAGAAAGCUAAGGAUGUAGAAGAAAAUAAGACUGAAAUCACCUUGGACUUGGUGAAGACAUGGAACAAGCAACUUGAAAAACCUACUGUGAAAACUCUAAGAAACAUCAUCAUUGCUUUCAAGGCAGCAGUGAACAUCAACAAUGCAGACGAUGAAGACUACAAGUACUCGGUUACCGAUCCUAAGGCUUUCACCGAGUUGAUGUUGCUUGUCUUGAAGAAGACCCCUGUAGCCAUCCAGAAGUUAGUCAAGUACAAAGUCAGUGCCCAGGGUGUCAGAACCAUUCCACAAAAGAAUCCUAACGUGUCUCAGAUCUCAAAGAUUUUGAAAUCUCAUGCUGGUUCUUUGAUCACGUUGUUGAAGGAUAUCACCAACACCGAGACUGCUGCCUUGGUAUUGGCUUCCAUUCAGGAAAUCUUUCCUUACUACUUGUCACAUAGGAGGUUGUUGAAACAGAUGCUUUCUAGUGUAGUCAAUGUAUGGUCCACUACUACUGAGAUCGACACCCAGAUCGCUACUUUUGCUUUCUUAAACAAUGUCGCCAAGGAAUUCCCAAAGUCCGUGUUGGAAACAAUCUUGACAUUGACUUACGCUUCGUUGUUGCAGAACUGCCGUAAAACGAACAUCCACACCAUGCCUCAGAUCAACUUUUGCAAGAACUCUGCUGCUGAGUUGUAUGGCUUGGAUGAAAACUUGUCGUACCAAGUGGGCUUUGAAAGUGUAAGACAGUUGGUUAUUCAUUUAAGAAACAGCAUUAAUGCUACCUCCAACGCCAAGGAGGGAUUCAAGUCUAUAUAUAACUGGCAAUACUGCCAUUCUUUGGACUUUUGGUCCAGAGUUAUCUCUCAACACUGUAACCCAGAAAAGGAAUUAAGAAACCACAAGUCAAAGGAAUCACCCUUGAGACAGUUAAUAUAUCCCUUGGUCCAGGUCACUUUGGGUGCUAUCAGAUUGAUUCCAACUGCACAAUUCUUUCCAUUAAGAUUCUAUUUGAUAAGAGCGUUGAUCAGAAUUUCACAGUCCACUGGAGUGUUCAUUCCAAUUUUCCCAUUGAUAUCGGAAAUUUUGACAUCAACUGCCUUCUCCAAGCCUCCUAAGGGCUCAUCUUUGCAAGCUGUUGAUUUCGAACAUAACAUCAAAGUCAACCAAGCCUACCUUGGUACCAGAAUCUACCAGGAUGGUUUGUGCGAGCAAUUCAUUGAACUCACCAGUGACUUUUUUGGCUUAUACGCCAAAAGUAUUGCAUUCCCAGAAUUAGUUACUCCAGCGGUGUUGUUGUUGAGAAGAUUUGUCAAGAAGUCCAGAAACACCAAGUUCAACAAGCAGUUGCAGCAGUUGAUUGAAAAGUUGAAUGCCAACGCUAAGUUUGUCACAGGAAAGAGAUCUAACGUAGAAUAUGGUCCUUCCAACAAGAUCGAAGUACAGCUCUUCUUGAACGACUUCGAGUGGGAAAAGACGCCAUUGGGCCAAUAUGUUGUCGUACAAAGACAAUUGAAAGAAGAGAAGUUGAGAAUUAUGAGAGAAUCGUUGGAAGAAGAAGAAAAGGCAAAGGCUGAACAGAAGAAGAAGGAACAAGAGGAUGAGUCAGACAUUGAUAUGGAAGACUUGGAUGAAGAAGAUGGCUCUGAAGAAGAAGACGAGGAAUAG